AUGACGGGACCAGAUGAGGAGGAACCAGUUCUGGAUGUGAAACCACAACAAUUUGAUAAAGAAGGAAGUGUAACUACAGAAGAUGGUUUCACUGAUGCUAGUAGUGUUUCGGUAGCAUCCCCGUCAACCAGUGGUCAUCGCCAUCGACCUGGCGCAUUUCGGCGAUGUUUACCCGCGAAGAAGGAAGCGGGCCGCAAAGGCCAAUAUAUCGCUCAAACCCUUCGAGAGCUUUCACCAGAGGUAUCAUCAAUGAAGAUUUUGGAAAUCACGAAAGUGCUACAUACACCUAUGUCUUCAACGUCUAACGCAAGCCCCAAGCCCUCUUCGUCAAAAACACCACAAACAGCU